AUGAAGACACUGGGUGAGAAUUCUGAUAAUCUCUCUGCAUAUGCCAUGCGCAUGAAUGCAAUGGGAAACAGCAGAUGUUGUGCAUACACAAAGAGUCAGGCGCGACAUCUUUAUGAAGAGCAUAGGAAAUCAGUUGUUGCUCGUAUCAAUAUCAAGGAGAUUCAGCAGAGAGUGAUUGGCAAGAUCACAGGAAAGAAUGAUGUUGCUGAUGUGAUGCUGAGCAGCAUAAGACACAUGAGAAACUACGAUGGGAUCUUGAAUAUAUGUGAUGACAACAUGUUGAAUGAUUCAGGUAAUGAUAUCCUGAGCACGGUUAGUAGUUUAUGUAAUGAUGAACAAGGACUUAGCUAUCAUGAUGAUGCGAUUGAAGAUGAAUGCAUGCUUGAUGGGAUGAAUGAGAAUGAAGAAUGUAAUGAUGUGCAAAGAAAGAAGCGUGGGAAGAAAAGAUUUGUAGAUGAUGAGGCAGAUGUGUCUGGAGAGAAUAGUGGAACAGAUGAAGAGUGUGAGAGUAGUAGAGACGAGAUUUCUGGACUGAUUGUGUCUGAUGAUGAGGAAUGCAGUGAAUCACAUGGUAAUAUUUAUAAUGAAGAUGCAUUGAGAAUGGAUGAAAGCAUUCUUAAGGGAUUGUAUAACAGAUUUUUCAAGAACACAACUGAUAGAAUGAAGAUUGUAUCCCAUGAUGUACAGAAUGAAUUAGAGACUUGUAUAUCGAAAGUUGAAGAUCUGAAUGUCGAUGAGAGUGGUGAGUGUGAAUAUAAUAGAGAGAGUGGAGAUGAAUAUAAUUAUUUUGAGGAACUGAAUGAUGUUGAUGAUAUUCUCGUGUUUCCAAAUGAGCAUGUUGAGUAUUCUGAGGAUGCAUGUAGAAAGCAAACACAUCAUGAAUAUACUGAAAUUGAGUUUACAGGAAAUGCUGAUAUGAUUGAGAAGAAAUUAGGCAAUAGAAAGGAUGUAUGGGAGUUUAGUGAGAAGCACGAAUAG